AGGGAGUGGUAAAAUAUCCUUACUCUCUCCUUCUUGUUGCUUUGCCUCUUCUCUUUUUUGUCAGUCCGAACCUUUCUGCUCUGCAUCUGCCUUCCAGUCAGACGAACAAAGGAAAUUCCUUCUGUAAGACCCACCGUUGACGAUGAAGUCCCAUCUGGUUUUUCCCGUCUCCAGUGCGACUCUGCUCUGGCUGUGCUGCAGUCUGUGCCACUGCAGUCCUCUGUUCUACAACAUAUCUGUGGACGGCAGCGGCGACGAACCCGAGCUGGAGCUCAUUUUCCCCACCUCCUUCUCCACACGAGCGCCCGCCGAAGUCUCUGCUGCCACUUCGCCUCCCAGCCUCACCAACACCAUCACUACCACCAUGAUCCGCCUGAAAGAUUUUGUCCUGAGCCGAGUGGUGGACUUCCUGCAGGAGAACCUGCUCAUCAUCAUCGUUGUUACCUCUCUUCUUAUUGUUUUGGUCUUCAUCAUUUGCUGUGCGUUCGCCAUGAGCCAUAAGCGCAAGCUGGAGGCUUACAAGCCCCUCCCUAGCAAAACCAAAAAGUAUACUGCCAGUAAAACCGGAGCUCGCAAGAACUCUAGUGAGAUCCAGGAGAAACCAUACGCCGUGGACCACGUCAAGAGGGUCCACGUUCAGGGUCCGGCUUCCCCUAAGCAUCUGCGCAUGCCCUCCAAGGCGCUGGUGGGAGAGAAGGGGAGAGAAGUCAGGUCGUCGCCUCGACCGGAGGUCAGGAAGGUCAGAGACACAGAGGAAGUGGAAAAAAGGCGGGAGGAAGUGAAGUUCAAAGAACCAGUGAAGCAAAAGGAGGAAGUCCAGAAGAGCGCCAGCCCCAGCACCAGCUCCAGUCAUCCGGUCUGCACCUGCCACCUGAAGAAAUCCAACCACUAACACACAGCCGAGGCAAAACGGGUCAAAGUGUCACUCAGAAGGGAAUACAUUCAGGUGGAAUCACACCUGCUAUGAAAAUCUUUACGUGCUUAAAGUCGGAAUAAAGUCCAACAAAAGACAGAAAGCUGAGUGUCUUACUGAGCGAGUCUGUAAUUCAUCCACAGCAACUCAGCAGGUUUCAUUAUCAAGAUUAAAGAAAAAACAGAACCUCUAUACAUUUAUGAGGGAAAGGAAAAGCUGUGCAAUUUAUAAACAAUGCAAAUAGUAGGGAAAUCCUAAUGACAAGGAAGUGAAAAUGGGUGGAUAAUUAUGUACAUAAUGUGUAUGAAUUCAUGCACACAGCACCAUCCACAAUUACUGAUACCUCUAGUUAAGAUGUGUGGAAGAUCUGUAAACUUGUCAAGCCUUGUUUUCCACUGAUCCAGUGACUGUAAUAUUUUUUGUUACAGCUCCGUCUGCAGAUAUUGAUACAUCUAGGAGCGUAACUAUUUUAUUUUAGCCAUUUCCUAACUAAUGAAGAUCAAUACACAUCUGCCUUGCUUGAAUGAAAUUCUGUCUUGUCUUUCCCGUUUUGAAGAAUGGCAGAGAAAAAAAUGCUCCUAUAAACAAGGUCAUAUUCAUACCUCAGGGAAGUGCUACAAAUUACUAAAUAAAACUUUAUAAAAAUCUGAUCAGCUUAAAAAAGUAAAGUAUAAAUACCUUUAAUGCUUCAAGUUUUACAGAUGCAAAUAACUAUAACAUCUUUAGUUGUAUUUAAAAAGAUAUUUUAUUCCUUAUUCAUGAUCUCCCACCAUGGAAUAAAUUCUACCAAAUUAAAGGUUGAAUUUUUCUAAAAUUUUCAGGUGAAAUGAUGCAUUUUGUAGAUGAAUUCACGUAAGAAUUUCUACACAUCUUCACCAGGGGGGUCAAUAAACAUGGAGUGCAGUGUAAUUACAGUACAUAUUUUAUAUCAGGCUGAUGCCUCUCAGCACUUUGCAUCAUGAAACCACAUCGCCAUUUAUUACUUAUAGGUUAUAAGGCAGACAUGAGUAACAAUGUCUGAUAUUUCUAAAUGUUAUUUGACGGGACUGUGAUUUCAAAAGACCAUUGUGGCCAACAGAGGUUUUUCACGCGGGGAAAGUUUCACUCCAACCAGAAAAUUUCUGCUUUGUGUUUCUUGAGAGCUUCAAAGCUGAAUCAGCCAUUCAAAGCAACGUCUUUGGUGAUGUAAAUAAACACAUAAAUGCCAGUAAACCUGACUUGAUGAGUAACAAUUAUUCUUUUCUUUAUUAAUAUUAACUUUCAUAUUUACCUCUACUUUAGUGUUAUCACAUCUGGUGUCUUGUAUUUUAUUUCAGAACCCAAUGAGAAAACCAACAUGAAGAAUUUUCAUUAAUUUUAUUUCAACAAUAUUUUAACUAAAAGAAAAAAUAUUUUUAUUUUAUCCUUCAUAUAGUUAGAAAUUAGGGUUCGUUAUUUUAUUUUUAUAUAUUAACGUCUGUUUUUCUGUCUUACUGUCUUACUGUAAAGAGUAAAAAAUGAGUCAGAAAGUUAAGUGAUUAAAUGGAUUAUAUUUACACCGAGCAUCUAAACUUAGAUAAGUUUGUAUGUUUUGUAGGUUGUCGUUUUGUCAUGUUAAAACUCGCUGUUUUAUCCGAACCUCACACUGUCGUCCUCACACGUCGCUUUCUCUGUGACACUUGUUCAUUCUACAAAAUGACAGGUUUGUUUUGCUAAUGUUUAAUAAAACUAAAGAAAGAA